AUGGAUCGAGUAUCGAAAUUGGCGUCGCAAAAGGCGGUGGUGAUCUUUAGCAAGAGUUCAUGUGGGAUGAGCCAUGCAAUCAAGAGGCUAUUUUAUGAGCAAGGGGUUGGUCCAGCAAUCUAUGAGCUAGAUGAAGAUAAAAGAGGGAAGGAAAUGGAAUGGGCUCUCAUAAGAUUAGGAUGUAACCCUAGUGUUCCGGCAGUAUUCAUUGGUGGCAGGUUUGUUGGUUCAGCCAACAUAGUCAUGACCCUUCAUCUCAAUGGCUCACUCAAGAAAAUGCUUAGAGAUGCUGGUGCUCUUUGGCUUUAG